AUGACCAAAUCGUACAGCGAGAGCGGGCUGAUGGGCGAGCCUCAGCCCCAGGGUCCUCCCAGCUGGACGGACGAAUGUCUCAGUUCUCAGGACGAGGAGCACGAGGCAGACAAGAAGGAGGACGACCUGGAAGCCAUGAACGCCGAGGAGGACUCGCUGAGGAACGGCGGCGAGGAGGAGGACGAGGACGAGGACCUCGAGGAGGAGGAGGAAGAGGAGGAGGAGGACGACGACCAGAAGCCCAAGAGACGCGGCCCCAAAAAGAAGAAGAUGACCAAGGCGCGCCUGGAGCGCUUCAAGCUGCGGCGCAUGAAGGCCAACGCCCGGGAGCGCAACCGCAUGCACGGGCUCAACGCCGCCCUGGACAACCUGCGCAAGGUGGUGCCCUGCUACUCCAAGACGCAGAAGCUGUCCAAGAUCGAGACGCUGCGCCUGGCCAAGAACUACAUCUGGGCUCUGUCGGAGAUCCUGCGCUCGGGCAAGAGCCCGGACCUGGUCUCCUUCGUCCAGACUCUGUGCAAGGGCCUGUCGCAGCCCACCACCAACCUGGUCGCCGGCUGCCUGCAGCUCAACCCUCGGACCUUCCUGCCCGAGCAGAGCCAGGACGUGCCCCCGCACCUGCCGGCGGCCAGCGCCCCGUUCCCGGGGCACCCGUACCCCUACCAGUCCCCGGGGCUGCCCAGCCCGCCCUACGGCACCAUGGACAGCUCCCACGUCUUCCACGGGAAGCCGCCGCCGCACGCCUACAGCGCGGCGCUGGAGCCCUUCUUCGAGAGCCCCCUGACCGACUGCGCCAGCCCCGCCUUCGACGGGCCGCUCAGCCCGCCGCUCAGCAUCAACGGCAACUUCUCUUUCAAACACGAACCGUCCGCCGAGUUCGAGAAGAGCUACGCCUUCACCAUGCACUACCCCGCAGCGGCCUUGGCUGGGCCCCAGAGCCACGCCUCGAUCUUCUCGGGCGCCGCCGGCCCGCGCUGCGAGAUCCCCAUAGACAGCAUCGUGCCCUUCGAGAGCCAUUCGCAUCACGAGCGAGUCAUGAGCGCCCAGCUCAACGCCAUCUUCCACGACUAGGGGGGCACGUCGGCUCCAGCAUCCCGCCCCCAGCCCCGGGAGGGGCGCCCACGUGCCCACUG